AUGGCCACCAUGUCCAUGUCCAUGUCCAUGUCCGACCAGCUCUCUCCCACGACACCGGGGGCCGGGCUGACUGCGCAGGGCUUUGCCGCCAGCCCGCCCGGCCAGCAGCGCGGCUUCAAGCGCUCGGCCUCGAGCGAGGACGACGACUUCCACCACGGCGACGCAGACGGCUCGCGCCCGGCGUCUGCGCGCCGCAACCUGGCCGUGAAGCGCGCAUGCAACGAGUGUCGCCAGCAAAAGCUCAAGUGCAACGUCCAGCGCGACCCCUUCGUGAGCUGCAACCGCUGCGUCAAGCAGAACCUGCGCUGCGUCAUCGAGCCCAACUUCAAGCGCGUCGGCAAGCGCAACCGCAAUGCCGAGAUGGAGCGCGAGAUGGAGGCGCUGCGGGACCGCCUCGCCAUGUACGAGGGCCGCGCGCCCAUGCCUGGCCAGCCACUGCUGCCCCCCCCGCAGCCGCCCAUGGAGAACCACGGCCACAGCAGCUUCGCCGCCACACCCAUGCCCAAGCUCGAGGACGACGCAUUCCUGCAGACACAGCACCAGCAGGUCGCUGCGACCUCGCUGCUGGACCUGCGCAGUGGAUCGCCCAUGUUCUACGUGCUCGGUGCCGGCGAAGUGCGACUGGGCCACGGCGAGGUCAACGAGCUGUUCACCGAGUACUUCCAGCUGUACCACCCCUUCCUGCCCUUCCUCGACCAGGUGCGCUCGCCCGAGGAGUACUACUCGCACGACCACAAGCUCCUGUUCUGGGCCAUCGUCAGCGUGGCCGCACGCCGCUCAGCCACUCGUCCAACACUGCUCAAGGACCUCGCAAAGCCGCUGACAGACCUGAUCUGGGACUCCGUCAGGAACCAGCCGAACCACCAUGUCGUCAAGGCUCUGUGUUUGCUGUGCACCUGGCCCGUCCCUGCAGAGCGUACCGUCACAGACCCCACCUACAUGCUGUGCGGUGUCAUGAUGCAGAUCGCCAUGCAGAUUGGCCUACACCAGCCCACGCAUCCACAGGACUUUUCGCGCACAAAGGUCCGCCUGCAGCAGGAAGACAUCCACGACCGCCUGCGCACAUGGGCGGUGUGCAACAUCGUAGCACAAACCGUCUCAACAGGCAACGGCCAGCCCUCCAUCACCCUGUACGAUUCGACACUCGAGUUCAAAGUAGACGACGAGGACCAUAUGCGCACCAUACCGCCCACUCUGUUCGUUCGUCUUCGGCAGGAAAUGGCUGCUAGCCGCAUCAAUAAGCUCUUGUACUCGGCCAAUACCCACCGCUUCGCGGCCGAAGCUGCAACAACGUACAUGACCUUGGAAGCAGAUCGCCUCAAGGAAGAGCGCGGCUCACUGGACGGAGUUGACAACGAACUAGAAGAGCUCUAUCACUAUGCUGUAUGCUUGCAUCUGCACCUCUACUCUUUCUUCAGCCCUGAACCAAGAUUGGAGCGCCGCGACGAUCUGGUCGCACUAUACUAUGCCGCUACAACCUACCUGGACCAGGUCUUCAAGCUACAGCAAGCCAGCAAGCUACCUUAUGUUCCAUACUACAUCAUGCAGAUGGCUCUCGCUGCUGGCUUUGCCCUCCUCAAACUUCUAAACUCGGACUUUGCUGGAAGGCUGCCAUCGAAAGGUCGUCAGUAUGUGUUACAGACAGUGGAAGCGCUGAGGAGAUCUAAAGUCUGGCCGAACGACCUUUUGGACCGCUUCGCCGAAGUCCUGGCGCAGCUGUGGAAGGAAAGCUCUCGAGGGCGCAGUCUACACAGCAUGUCGCAGUCGCCAUCUGUCAGCAACGUUGGCGCCGCUAACAUGUUCAACAACCACUCACAAUCUCAACAAGCUACACAGCAGCGACGAGAAAGCACAGGCUUGCUCGAAGAUCCUCUUGGUCUUAUAGUCCGCAGCCGCAUGAGCAUGAGCGUCAUGUUUGACUGCGUGUGGCGCUGGCGCGAAGCCCAAGUUGGCGGCGCCGCAGAACAACUCGACAACACCGUCGUCACAAACCCCACCAACCCAGACUCCUCAAGCAGCGUCACACCUCCGCCGGGUACCAUCAUUGAAAACCCUGCACACACCAUGCCAAACUUCAACCCACACCUGAAUACUCUGAGCAUGCCGCUAGCACUGCCCCAGGGCCUGGCGAGCGCAAACAGCUACGAGUUUUUUGAUUCCGUGUCGUGGAUGCUGGAGGCGCAGACGGAUUGGAGCCAGUAUGGGUCUGGCGGGUUCGGCACAGACUUUAAUGCUUAG